CGCCCCAGAGCUCUGCGCACCCCGCUGAACUGGAAACGGAGUCCCCGUAUCCCCAGUUCCUGUCCAGCGUGUGGGUUCCAGUGUUCGGUUUCAGAGCAGCAGUUUUCCGGCCUCACCGCCCUCCGCACCCGCCCACCCCGCUUCUGCAAUGAGUCGGUGGGGAGACCAACGCAGCGACCGCCACCCGCGCGCGCGGUGUCCUGUUCGCGGGACUUCGUGUUGCCACCCCAGGCCCCCAGGUGCCUGUUCGGCGUUGGGUUCUGUGCUCCCCAUCGACGCCAACUUAACCUCAUGCAGAGGCGCCCUUGGACUCCGGCUUUCUGCCCUGUUCCUGCCUGGGAGUCUCCUCUUUGCUGCCGACGCUAGGACGAGCCCCCUGGGGAAGGCUGUGCAGAUCCCCUCUCUCCCCUGGUUUGCAGCGCAGGUUCUCCCGACAUCCCAGCUGUCUCUUGAGAUCCCCCAUCCCUCACUGGACGGACACGGGAAGAAGUGUGUAAAGGGAUCCCUCCAUAGUCACCUAGAGAAGAAGCUGAACAUACCAGGGUUUCAGAAGAAGAGGAAUUGGCUUCUGUGUCCAGCUGGCCUCAGCACACAUUUGGCGUCACCACCUCCUCCAGUUUAGGGUUCUGAUGCUGGGAUUCGAAACAUUUAACUGGGGUAAUGGGUGCAUUUGAUCCGGACAAAUGGAAUACAACACUUUGCCUGCUUAGUGCUUGGACCAUCUGUGAGGGAGAACCCAGAGAAGGACACCUGGAAGCUGGCCUACUGACUGUGAAGUCCCUGGUGAGUAGGGGAUGCCACUUCCUUCUGCUGUAAUAUCACCUUCAGGGCCAUUAGAUGGGCAAGUUCUUCCUAGUGGCAGGGAUGUCCAAGUGCAAGCACAGGGAGUUCAGGCACCUGAGCUCCAAAUAAGCUUGCCCACAACUGUGCAACCAUGAUCCUGAGUCAGGAACUCAUUGAUAACGGAUCUCCCUUCCCAAUAUCACACAAAAUUAUGCCAGGCUUCUCUAGGCUUGCUGAUUCACAGAAGAGCAAGAGAAGUUUUCUUUCUCUCAGCGAGUCAUAGGCUUACUGGCCAAUCAUUAACACAUCAGACGUGUCUUUGUUUGUGGUGCUCUUAGGAUGGUGAUGAUGGAAAAUGGCAGAGAUGGAGAAGGAGCAGAGCAUGACAGGCCAGUGGGGAGGUUGCUGAGUGAGCACGUGUGCAUGGGUGAUCAGUGUUAGGAGAAUCACAGUGAGGUCCACUCAGUGGAGAGGAGCAGGAGAGGGUUAGUAAGGAGAAGGAAUCGCAUUUUCCCCCAUUUUAAAUCUCUUCCAAUUAGCAGAGGGUACUUGCAUUUUUGAACAUUUCUAAGUGUAACUGAAGUUAUCAUUUUCUCUCUUGCCCAUCCCAUUUUUACCUCGUAGUAAAAAAAAAGCAAUAUAUAUGCAGGGAAUAGGAUUUUCUUAAUCGUGCUACAUAUAAAGGAGAAGGGGUAGAGUAGGUAGAGAAAAAGUUGGGUGCUAUGUAAAUAUUUGAAAAACUGAGUAGACCAAAGGCAAUCAAAAGUCUUAUUUUAUUUUUUUGCACGGAAAGUAGAUAAAGCUGCAAUGGAAGCAGGGAUAGCUGCUGUUUUCGGUCUCAAAUAAAGUGGAGCAUGGUGGCCUCUUCCCACAGGACAGUCAGCUGAGACUGUCCUUUAGCACAGCCUCUCAGAGGGCUCUGGCCUGUGCUGCUAAAGCCCUCCACCUCUUGUUUGUUAUGUUCCCCUGAGUCCUGUAGCUGUAAGAUAGACACACGUACUGGUAUCACAUUCUGCAGACUUGUUCAGUUCUGAGGGAUGCUAGAGAUACUUCCAAGGUUCUCUGACAUUUUAAUGAUGUAUAGAGUAAUGUUUUGUGUUUAAUGAAGGUUUGCUAGACAAGAAUUAUUUUGUACAUUAUACACUGAAUCUUUCAACACUCAUAACAAGUACUGAAACCAGCUUAUAGAUGAGGAACUGGAAAUUUAUCUAGGAAAAUAAUUUCUGCCAAUGGUCAUGUUUUGGAAGGACCACAUCAUGGUCAUUGUUUGGUUUGUAAUGAAUCUAUAGGGUUGCUUGAAAUUCAUGGAAAGGAAAUAUUUUCUUUGAAAUUUUGAAGUGAGUAUUUUCUAAUCACCUGUCUGGACAUUCUAAUGACCAGGUUACUGAAAAACCCUCAGGUUGUAUUUUGUCAUAGUUCAGGUGAGGCAUCUUUACACUAUAUUAUCAUGGACUCAUGUGUGUGUGUUUCUGUGGGUGUGUCAGAAGGGCAGAUACCAGCUCAGCACUGACAGUUAAGUGAGUAGAACCCCAAACACAGGUUGAUCUGUCUACACAUCCAGCUGCCCCUCAUUUCCUCAGUGCUGUGGUCUCAGCUUCUUCUGCUCACUGGCAGCAAUUGUUCUGUGUGACUGAAAUACCCAUUUCAGUCACACAGUCUUUUAAGAAUCUGUGACCUUCAAGGAUGUAGCUUUACUGUUAAUUUUCCCAUGAACAGUGGGCCCUUCUGGACAUGUCCCAAAAGAAGGUCUUUAGAGACGUGAUGCUGGAGAGCAUCAGUCACCUGGUUUUUGUGGGUGAGUCGUGAAACCUGUGUGAGUGUGCAUAUGUGUGUAUGUGUCCAUUCAUUCACAUAUCCAGCAGGGACACAGAGCAGCUGCCACCGUCCCAGCCCUGUUACUGGCCUGAGUCUCUCAUGACCCUCAUUACUGCUCAGAGGCAAGAUGUUUGUUUUACAUUGUGUUUUCAUCAGCACACCACAAUGUCAUCUCAACCACAAUUUUAUAACUUUUGGCUAUUCUGUAUCCAGUUGUGAGAACAGAACAGGGAAAUCAGUGGAUACUGUUAAUUUGAAAAUGAUUGAUCAAGUAUUUUAAAAUAUUUAUUAUGUUUUUGUGUAGUUUGAGGCUUAAGAAGAGGGCAUUGAAAAUAAGAUAAUUUUGAUUAUUCUUGUGGAACUUGUGGUGAUUCGGUUCUGUUUGAAAAUAAUAUUUGACCCAUUCUGGAGGGAUUAACAUCUCGUGUGGAGAAAACUGGGCAUUCUGAGUUCUCUCUUUGAACUUGAUCCUGGGCAUGAGCACCUAGCAGUCCUCCUUGUUUCUGCCACUGGUCUGCAGUUCUUCCCAGGCUGGUGGAGAAACUGCCAUCUUUUCUCUGUUGAAGGUUGAUGUGGAUCUCAGAUCCUAGGGUCCACGGCAUUAUGGAUGAGAUGAGACAAAUUCACAUGGACUACUGAGUCCUGUGGAGGAAAGGGAACAGUAUGGCUUUUGUCUCAAGGGGAGAGAGAAGGUGGAAACUCUAGUUUCCACCUCCAUCAUCCGAGGCCAGCCUCCUGUAGUCCUGUGCCUCCAAUCUCCUGCUCUUUUCUGAUAAAAAUAAUGGUAUUUGGAUUUCAGGUUCUGCCUGAAUUCAUAAUCUCUUCCUGAGAAUGUUCAGUUGCUGAGAUGUAAAAAGCAUCCCUUUAUCUCCAUAUGUCCGAGAAGUGCCCACACCCCAACUGUGAAGGCCCAGGCAGCAGAUUAGUCCACAGACCUUGGGGUUGCCCCUAAAAGGCGGAGUUGCAGGCCAUGCCCUUCAUUUGAAGACCCACUCUGCCGGAGUAAAUUCGCUCUGCAGCAAGAGCUGUCAGGUGGGACAUCUAGUGAAGAUAGUCUCAGGAGCCAUGGAGGCUGCCUCUCAGCACCGAGCAGAAGAGGGACCCUACGGGGUCGGAGCUGGGCUUUGGAACCUAGGGAACACAUGCUACGUGAAUGCUGCCCUGCAGUGCUUGGCCCACACCCCACCGCUGGCCCACUACCUGCUGUCCCAGCGGCACUCGGACACCUGUCUGAAGCCAACAUCCUGCGUCAUGAGUGCCAUGCAAGCUCACGUGACUCAGGCCCUCCUGCAUCCUGGAGAAGCAGUCGAGCCCCCCAAGGAGCUGUUUGCUGGCUUCCAUAGGCAGCAGCAGGAAGAUGCCCACGAGUAUCUCAUGUUCACCAUGGAUGCUAUGCAGCAAGCCUGUCUGCAUGAACUGGGGCAGCUGGACAGGCCCUCUCCUGACACCACCCUGAUCCGUCAGAUAUUCGGAGGCUACUGGAGAUCUCAGAUCAAGUGUCUCUGCUGCCACAGCGUGUCUAACACCCUGGACCCGUAUCUGGACGUUGCCCUGGAUAUCCAGGGUGCUCAGAGUGUAGUCCAAGCCUUGGAAAUGCUGGUGACGCCGGAAAUGCUGGAUGGUGACAAUUGCUAUCAGUGUAGCGUUUGCCUGAAGAAGGUCCCUGCCUGCAAGACUUUGACUUUGCACGCGGCCUCCAAGGUCCUUAUUCUGUCUUUGAAACGUUUCUCGGCUUUCACAGGCAGCAAAACGGAGAAGGUUGUGCACUAUCCUGAGCGCCUGGAUGUGCACCAGUACCUGUCUGAGCAGAACACAGGGCCCCUUGUGUAUGAGCUCUAUGCUGUGCUGGUCCACUCUGGGCGGAAUUGUUACAACGGACAUUACUUCUGCUACAUCAAAGCUGCAGAUGGCCAGUGGUUCAAAAUGAAUGACGCUAAGGUGACCGCCUGUGCCACUUCUACUGCCCUGGGCCAAUGUGCCUAUGUCCUCUUUUAUGUCCAGGAGAGUGAAAUGGAAAGAGUCCGUGGGAGUGUGUCUGUGAGCAGGAAACCGGAGUGCCCUGUGACGGAGCGUAAAGUCCUGGGAUCGACCCAGCAUGGCACUGAGAGUCACUCCAGUGUCACAGGUCCUGGGUCCCAGUUACCUGUGCAAGAGACUUCAGUCCAAUACAGCACCUUAGAGUAUUGGGGACGGCUGCAGGAGCCAUCCUCACCCAAAGCCAAGUACAACCUCAAGAAAGCAGAAUGUGCCCCGCCAGCUAACUCGGUCAUGAUUCGCCCACCCGUAUGCUGGGGUAUCAUGCCCAUGCGUCCUCUGGGACAGGAAAACUGCCCGCCAUACAGUGCAGCCAGGGGGAAAGCCAGGGCGCACAAGAAAAAGAAGAAGGGGGCGCGGUCUCUGCAGGAAAUCCAGUGAUCACCACGGCCCCACGGGAGCUGGACUAGCCUUUAGGAUUCUUUUCAUGGUGGGCGAAGAGACAAGACUUGGACAGGUUUUUAAGUCCUAUGGGUCCAGGAUUGCUCCGUGGGGUGGGGGGUGGAAUCUUAGGGGUCCUGGGAGGGGCACCGAGGCCACUGGAGGAUUAGAAAGGAGGAUGUGUAUGGACAGUGAGGCACAGAUGUCUGUCCCUGCAACUUGAGGCGAUGUUCUUGACUGAGAGGGAGGAAAUGUCCAGGGACCCAGAGUUGGGGCCCAAGUUCUGAAGGUAAACUGAGGCAGGAAGUCAGGGUCCUGUGGCAGGAUUCUGGUGGUUUGAUACGGGCAGAUGAGUGGAAGAGAGCAGGGAAGGUUUGGGAAUGAGAGGGAAGGAAA